AUGAAGUUCGCUGCUGUCUUCCUCCCUCUCAUCCCCGCCGCUCUGGCCGGAGAGUGCAUUCGCGACGGCGGCUGUCCCGGUUGUGGUCAGGUUGCCAGCGUCAGCUACGUCCAAGACGGAAGCACCUCCACCGCUACGGCUGCCUCCUACGGCUCCGUCACCUUCUCCGACACCACUAUUACUGUCAAGAACACGUCCAAGAAAUGGCUGUUGUUCUGCAACUACGGCUCGGCCUGCUUCCCCGUUGAGGCCGGCGAUACUUGCACCUCCACCCGGCAGUCGUCCGACUCGACCGCUCUGGGACUUCAAGUGUGGUCCCAGUAA